AUGGACUUCGCCGGAGACGCCCUGCUGACAGGGCACCAGCUCUACGCUCGCAGUGGGGUGUCUACCACAGACGCCUCGGAAAAGCCUGCAGUCUACAAGGUUGUUGGCAUUAUACUGGCACUGUCGUCCGGUCUAUUCAUUGGUGUCUCGUUCGUGGUCAAAAAGAAGGGAUUAUUGUCGGCAAACGAAAAGUACAGCGAGGAAGCCGGCGAGGGAUAUGGAUACCUCAAGAAUUGGAUGUGGUGGACUGGCAUGACCCUCAUGAUCAUUGGUGAGGUGUGCAAUUUCGUCGCCUAUGCCUUCGUCGACGCAAUCCUGGUCACGCCCAUGGGCGCCCUGUCCGUCGUGGUCACCGCUAUCCUGUCGGCGAUAUUUCUCAAGGAGCGCUUGAGCUUCGUGGGCAAGGUUGGCUGCUUCAACUGCAUUGUCGGCUCCGUCGUCAUUGUCGUCAAUGCUCCGGAGCAGUCCUCGGUUUCCACAAUCCAGGAGAUGAAGAAGCUUGUCGUCACUCCCGGCUUCCUGUCAUACACCGGUGUUGUCAUACUCGUCGCCCUUUUCCUGGCCUUUUGGGCAGCGCCCAGAUAUGCCAAGAAGACCAUGAUGAUAUACAUCAGCAUUUGCAGCAUGAUCGGGGGGCUGAGCGUUGUUGCUACUCAGGGGUUGGGAUCUGCCAUUCUUGCGCAGAUCCGAGGCGUUGCACAAUUCAACCAGUGGUUUCUUUACAUUGUGUUGGUUUUUGUUAUUGCCACUCUGUUGACAGAAAUCAUUUAUCUCAAUAAAGCUCUCAAUAUCUAUAACGCCGCGCUGGUCACGCCUACAUACUACGUUUUCUUCACUAGUGCCACUAUUGUUACCUCCUCCAUCCUUUUCCAGGGCUUCAAUGGCACCGGAACGUCCAUUGCCACUGUGGUCAUGGGUUUCUUGCAGAUUUGCUCCGGCGUGGUCCUCCUCCAACUCUCCAAAUCAGCAAAGGACGUGCCGGAUGCUGCAGUAUUCCAGGGUGAUCUUGAUCAGGUCCGAACGGUUGCUGAGCAAGAAGAACCUGAAUACGAGCCGAGAGCUGACACCAUUCGUGGCGGUGCUGCCAUCAUCCGCACGUUGUCCAUGGCAAGACAGAGGAGAGAGGCCGAGGAAGCGAAGACACUCGCUUCUGUGAGUAUGGAGCCCAUCGGAGAGAAUGAAUCCAUCGAGUGGGAUGGCCUGCGCAGACGCAAGACGGUGCUUAGUUCAGGUCAACCGUCAAUCCGACGCCAGAAGACAGUGCAUCCCCCCCUGGGCAUGUCGCAUUUCCCCGACUCCGAUUCCGAGCACGGGGCCAAUAGCGACGAUGAUAUUCAUCCUGGAUUUCUCUCGCGUCUAUCGACCCGCCGGAAGUCCAAGAGACGCCCAUCGCACUCUUCGACACACCCAGUUCCCCUUGAGUCGAUUUCGGUUCCUAGCAAAACCGCCUCCAUGUCUUCAUUCAACUCGCGGGGCCUUCCUCCAGCUCCUAGCUCUAUCAUAGCUCAGGACUUCGCCACAGAAGGCGACCACCCCCACGUAUACGGCCUCCCUCCAGGCCUCCGUGGUGGCGAUGGUCACAACGACGACACUUCAUACCACGGGCCACCUGGCUCGUCAUCCAGCGGUGUCCACUGGGCAUCGUCUAUCGACGAGCGCGUCAGAACCCCAGGGAGCAACACACUCAGUCCCCCACCGCCGCCACCCCACACUUCCAGCGCAAGCAGCGGGUCGAACAAGCGCCAAUUCUCCUUCACCAACGUCUUCAACCCCUUCGCGCGCCCCGACUCGGCCGGCAGCAACCGCCCCAUGAGCGCGCGCUCGGGCCUCAGCUUCGCCCACCGCAAGCCCGGCCACCACCCGCGCCACAGCAACGGCGGCGGCGGCGACACGGAAGAAGAGCGCCUCGGCCUCGUCAAGGGCGGCGGCCAGUUCGACGACAGCAACGACUCCCCCAUCGACGCGCCCGGCAAAUCGCCCUACUACCACCACGCGCAACAAGCCGCCGCCGCCGCCCCCGGCUCCAAGCGCCUCUCGGCCGACAGCGACGACGCCUUCUACGGCCGCUACGGCUCGCCGCCCACGUACGGCGACCUCAAGGAAUCCGACCUCGAGGACCCGGACCCGGGCGUGCUGAGCGACGAAGAGCGCUGGACCGUGCCCAUGCCGUCGGCCGGCGGCGCCGGUGCGCCGACGAGCGCUCCCGGCGGACACAACCGCAACUUGACGGGCGGCGGCUUGUCGUCGGCGCCCAUCGACAUUCGCGUGCCGGCGCCGGGGGUGCCGCAGGGGGCGGCGGGCGUGGGGAGCAGCAGGGGGGCGUAUGCGCAUGCGCGGAGCGCGAGCGAGAGUUCGGAUGAUUUCGAGGCGGCGAUACGGAAGUUGUAA